AUGUCUCUCUCUGACGACGUCAACGCUGAAACCUUGCUGGCCAAGCUUCAGAAAACCACUCCUGAUUCGGCCGUUGGUCUGCGUGCUGGAAACCAGAACACCACCGAAGGUUCACACGACUUGGCUCGUUAUAUCCAUGAGCCCAUUCCCAAGUUCCGUAUGCAAGAGGCUGCAAUUGACAAGCGCAUUGUUGCGUCUGUCAUCCGUUCUGAACUUGAUUUGGACGGUAUCCCUUCACUCAACUUGGCUUCCUUUGUCAACACCUUCAUUGAAGAGCCUGCUUUGAGUUUGCUCGCUGACAAUAUUGGCAAGAACUUGGCUGAUGGUGACGAGUACCCUGCUUUGCAAACCAUUCACCAAAGAUGUGUUGCUAUCUUGUCCAACCUCUGGAACGUCCCCAAGGGCGAAUUGGGUGUUGGUACUGCCACUACUGGUUCUUCUGAAGCUAUUCACUUGGGAGGUUUGGCCAUGAAGAGACGUUGGGAAGCUGCUCAAAGGGCUAAAGGAAGAGAUAUUAAAGGCGUCACUCCUAACAUCAUCAUGGGAUCCAAUGCCCAAGUUGCUUUGGAGAAGUUUGCCCGUUACUUUGACGUCACUGCCAGAUUGUUACCAGUUGAUGCUGAAAACUCGUACGGAUUCAAUCCUCAGGACUUGAAAAAAACUGUUGAUGAAAAUACCAUUGGUGUUUUUGUGAUUGCCGGUUCUACUUAUACUGGACACUACCAAGACGUCGAAGCUGUUUCUGAUGUUCUUGAUGAGAUUGAGAAGGAGACUGGUAUUUCUGUUGAUAUACAUGUCGAUGGUGCCAGUGGUGCUCUUGUUGCUCCUUUUGUGACUCCCAGUCUCAAGUUCGAUUUCCGUAUUGAUCGUGUCAAGUCCAUCAAUACCAGUGGCCACAAGUUCGGUCUUGUCACUGUAGGAUUGGGCUGGAUCAUCUGGAGAGAUCGUAAGUACCUCCCUGAAGAGCUCUUGUUUACUCUCCACUAUUUGGGAGGAAGUGAAGACACCUACACUCUUAACUUCUCGAGACCUGGUUUCCCCGUCAUUCACCAGUACUACAACUUUGUCAGUCUCGGACUCGAGGGCUACAGAAACCUGCACAGUGCUUCGCUCGCCAACGCCCGUUUGUUUGCCACUUUCCUUGAGGCCACUGGAUACUUUGAGGUUUUGAGUGAUAUCCACAGACCCAAGGGUGUACACAGUUACACUGGAAAGCCCUCGGAUAUCACCAACCAGGACCCCGAAUUCUACAAUCCCGGUCUUCCCGUUGUGUCAUUCCGUUUCUCCAAGAGUUUCAGAGAACAGUAUCCCAUGAUCCCCCAACAAGCUGUCUCGACUCUUCUGCGUGUUCGAGGCUACAUCAUCCCCAACUACCCCAUGCCAGCCGACCUCGAGGACAUCGAAGUGCUCCGAGUGGUGGUUCGAGCCUCGCUCUCGGUCGACAUCCUCGAUAUGCUCAUGGAACACAUCGUGGCCACCGUGCAAAAACUCACCUCGUCGGUCAAGGACCACUACACCGCCGAAACCGAGUCCGACAAGCUCUACAAGACCCUGCUGGCCCUUACCACGUCGAAUCCACUCGACUCGGAACACCCUCAAUACUGGGACUUCCAGGAGGAGACCGGCACCCGAAGCGGCCACUCUCACGGUACCAAGUGUUAA